CUUAUCACGGACUACUCCCCCGUCUAUAAAACGGGGUUGUCUUGGCUAUUUGCGCAUUGUCUUCAAUCCAUGCUUGAUAUCAAAACAGUGACAGGUUAGGAAGUUGCAGAUGUACGCCUCUUCAUGUCUUGCCGUACCCCUCCUGAGUGCUGCCGUUAAACCGGUCGUCGCCAUGUUCUACUAUCCGAAUCCAGCCGCGUCGGCUCUAGAGCAUAUUCUCGUGGACAACUGGGGCGCGUACGCAUCCAACUUCUCGUCAGCGAUCACGCCUUGCGAUAAUUAUGUGACGGAGGUGGGCUUGCCAGCGAUCAACUCUCGCAGAACUACGUCCGCCCAAUGGUUGCGUGUUGCUUUUCAUGAUUUUGCCACGGCUGACGUGGCUGCCGGAACCGGCGGGUUGGAUGCCAGCAUUGGAUUCGAGACAGAGCGCGAAGAGAACUCGGGCAGCGCGUUUAACGACAGUUUUACAUUUUGGCAGCCCUUCGUUAACGAGUUUGUUUCUAUGGCCGACCUGCUCGCGGUCGGGACGGUGAUGUCGGUGCACCUCUGUGGAGGAAAGUACAUACCCUACCAGUACGGCAGGGUAGAUGCAACGGCAGCCGAUCCUAAGACAGGAGUACCGGAGCCGAGUACAAGCUUGGAAGACACACUCGCCCAGUUCAAACAGGCCGGUUUUAACCAGUCAGAUGCCAUCGCCUUAACUGCGUGUGGUCAUACAAUUGGAUCGGUACACGCCGGAGGUUUUCCGACAGUUGUUGAGGAGUCCGCGAUAACUCCAAACAAUACAAAUGGGGCGGUCAACCUCGACGACACUCGGGCAGUCUUCGAUUCAGCGGUAGUACAUGAGUACAUCGACAGCACCGGGCAAAGGGGUGGUCCGCUCGUGACGAGCUUCAACGAGACGAGUAGGUCGGAUCUUCGACUGUAUGAAAGUGACGACAACAAGACGAUGUUAGAGCUAUACGCACAGGGAGAUGGGUUUCAAGAGACUUGUGUCGAUCUGCUAGGACGCAUGCUUAAUACCGUUCCCGCGGGCGUACAACUCCAGCCUGCGAUCGAGCCAGCGCUGAUAAAACCGAUCAAUGUGACUUGGGACAUUACGACUAACAAUCAGUUGGUUCUGUCCGGGAAAGUCAGGGUGCUGUACACCGGAGAAGCAUCGGACGGCCCGAUCUCGAUCACCUUCUCGAACGGUUAUACGGAGACUCUAGUUCCCGAAGAAAAUUUGGGCAUCUCUGCGUUCAAGCUAUCCAAUAGUCAAACGAACACCACGACUCAAUACUUCCCUUUCUCGAUUUCGAGCGGUAACUUAUCGGGGGUGUCAUCGUUUGCUGUUACAGCGACGGGAAUCGAGAACCAGGAGUUCCAGAUUCAGGAUAAAGCUUUCAUUGUUCCAAGCUUGUCUGGUGUUGCGGAUGGUGCAGUGUCUGUCACAGUCGCAGCUAGGACCAACCAACCUAAUUUCGACCCGUCGAAAAUGUUGCUAAAAGUUGCGACUCCGAUUGCGCAGCUGCUUACACUUGCGCCCAAGGUCGGUCGAAGUGACGUGCAGCUCCUAAGUGUUGCGAGCCCGUCGGAAAAUAUAGGAUAUUGGUCUGGAUCCGUUGCGAUCGAGAAACCUACCGGUGCCGUAAGUGUGAGUUUACUCUCUGGCGGAGAUGUUAUCGAUAUACUGUUGCUCGAUUCUGGAGUUGCUGGUUGGUGAAGCCUGUGAAAAGCUUCCAGACAAUAAGUCGGAACCAUCUAUUCACACGAUGCGGUAGAGGGUCUGAACGAAAAGUUACGUAGU